GAAGCAUCAUGAAGUUUCUUAGUCUAUUCCUUUUCUUCAUCCUGACAGUCGUUGUUAUAAAUGGCGACGAACCCAUCGACGCUGAACUUUAUGGUGAAGCGUGCAGUGGAACUAGUGAAUGUCCUACGUCCAAUAAGAAUACAUUCAAGUAUAAUUUUAAAACAAAAAAGUGUGUCGUAGUCAAACCCAACACUAUACCAGGCGGUUGCUUUCUUACCAAACGUCAAUGCGACAAAGACUGUAAAAAAUUGGACAGCCAACGCGCCAUAGCGAAUUCCACAGUGCCAAUUGGAAAUAAAAUAACUCAAAAAGCAUGA